AUGGAAGGCAUAGUUGUAUAUUUGUAUUCAGUAAAUGCCUUUGGAUUGAGGUUUGUUAUAAAAGUCAUUCUGUUACCGAACUUGGUAACGAAUAAAAGCCCGAUAAAAAUGGUCUUGUUCCAAGCUUUGACGAAUUUAGAAGAUCCGGCUCAUCCAUUUUUGGGUCCAACUUUAUGGGGCUUACAAAAAUGGGGCAUGUGGCAACCUAAUAAAGGAAUGAGUCAUAUUAUAUAUAACAUAAUUCAUUUUCUAGCUAUCACCUUUGUAAUGACCCAAUAUGUUGAGUUGUGGUACAUAAGAUCAGAUCUGGAAAUGGCAUUAAGGAAUCUAUCGGUUACGAUGUUGAGCACAGUAUGCGUUGUCAAAGCUGGAUCUUUCAUUGCGUGGCAGAAGCAUUGGAAAUAUAUCUUUGAUUACGUAUCAAUGUUAGAAAAAGUACAAAGAAAUAAACGCGACGAUACCAUGAAUAAAAUCAUCAAAAAAUAUACUGGAUAUUCAAGAUCAGUCACUUAUUUUUAUUGGUGCCUAGUCACAGUUACAGUUUUCACUGUUAUAUUAGCUCCGCUGGUAAUUUACCUAUCAUCAAUAAAACGAAGAGAGGAAAUUAGACAUGGCACCGCAGCAUACCCUGAGAUAAUGAGCUCUUGGGCACCCUUUGAUAAAACUAGAGGAGUUGGUUAUUGGGUACUAGUUCUAAUUCAUUCCCUCAUUUGUUUCUACGGUGGCGGUAUAGUUGCAAAUUAUGAUUCGAAUGCUGUUGUCUUGAUUACAUUUUUUUCUGGUCAACUUGAAAUUCUAAAGUCAAAUUGUGAACGUUUAUUUGGAGAUGGUCUAGAACGUAUCAGUUAUGUGGAAGCUGUAAGAAGGAUACGGGAUUGCCAUAAUCAUCACGUACAACUGAUCAAAUACACUAAGAUAUUAAAUUCGUUACUAUCACCUGUAAUGUUUUUGUACGUCAUCAUUUGUUCUUUCAUGUUUUGCGCCAGCGCCGUGCAACUUACAACGGAAGGCACAACUAGUAUGCAGCAAAUUUGGAUAGCGGAAUAUCUCAUUGCUCUUGUAGCUCAGCUAUUCCUUUAUUGCUGGCAUAGCAAUACAGUUUUGUUUAUGAGCAUGACAGUUGAUGAAGGUGUAUACGCAAGUGCUUGGUGGUCUCAGAGCGUGCGCGUGCGCCGAUGUGUUUUGUUACUCGGCGGACAAUUGAAUAAAACCAUUAGGUUCACUGCUGGUCCCUUCACAGAGUUAACUGUGGCUACUUUUGUUGCCAUUAUUAAAGGAUCCUACAGUUACUUCACGCUUCUAAGCAAAAAAUAA